AUGCCGCCGGCCCCAACAACCCUCAGCUUCAACACGCAUCGCGCGCGCUCCUAUGUCGUGCGGCUGCCGCUAUUCACGCGCGCCGUUCUCGCCACCAUCAUCCUGUUCUGGAUACUGGGAUUGCAGACAUGGUGGGAUGUCAGACAAUGGGGCGCGCUGAUUCCGAGUGAGAUUUCAUUCGCGACUCUGUAUCGGAUGAACACGUUCCCGUUCAUUCACCUGAAUAUUUUCCAUGUCAUUAUGAAUAUGCUGGCGCUUACCCCCCUACUGGAGCGGUUUGAGGCUGAGUAUGGCACGUUGACGACGCUGGCUCUUUUCUUUGGCCUCAUGGGAGCAAGCAUCUGGGUGUUCCUCCUCCUCGGCAUGGAAGCCAUCCGCACUUACAAGACCAACCCGUACUUCGUCCUAGGCACUCACAAUAUUCCGACCUGGACUACUCCUAUUCUCGUUCUUUUCUGCGUCAGCGCGCUCGUCCCGAGCGCCAGCUUCCUGGGCCAUCUUUCUGGCUUGAUUGUGGGCUAUGUUUGCGGCUUCGGAUACGUCAAGUACCUCGCCCCUCCCGAGAAGAUCCUGCGCUGGAUUGAGGGAAAACUCAAUCUCCUUGGACGGCUGCCGCACUACGUGAGUGUGGAUCAGAAGACAUAUGGUCGGUUCGGCGUGCUGCCCUCGACAAGCUCGCCCGUUCCGCCGGCUGUUGGGCUAGUGCAAGCUCCCCUGGAGUCGACUCCGCGGAGCAAGCGCGACAACGAGGAAGUGGCAGGACUUGAAGAGACGGGCGCACUCGAGCGGAGGCGGCACGAUGGCGCGACUACUGGUGCUCUGCGACUGCGGCGCGACCCGCGGAUUAUGAAACUGCCGCCAUACAUGUCGCUGCUGUUCGUGAUCGUCGGUGUCGUCUGGCUACUGCUGCUCCCCUUCGACCAGUACUCGCGCCGCACCUACAUCUCCGAGAACGCCCUGCUGCCCGGCCAGGUCCAUACCUACUUCAGCGGCAGCGAUCAGAACGUGCUGCGGGCAUACAAGCACGAGGUGAAUGCGCUGGUGGGGAAGAGCAAUGUCCAGAUCAAUGACAAGCUCGAGUCCAUCCUCAAGGGCAUCGGCCUCAAGACCGCCCGCCAAAACUUUACCUACCAUGCCGCCGGCCACGCAAUUUCCGGCCAGAAUCUCUACGCUAUUCUGCAAGCCCCCCGCGGCGACGCAACAGAGGCCAUCGUGCUAGUCGCCGCCUGGGAAAACGCCAAGCACGAAGUCAACCGCAACGGCAUCCCGCUGGCCCUGACUCUCCUGCGCUACUUCAAGCGCUGGUCCCUAUGGUCCAAGGACAUCAUCUUGGUCAUCACGCCCGACAGCAUCGCCGGCCCGCAGGCAUGGGUGGACGCCUACCACGACGCACACAACCCGUCACAAGUCGCCGGCCUGCCCCUCAAGUCGGGUGCCCUGCAGGGCGCCAUCGCGAUCGAUUAUGCCCAGGAAACCCGCUACGACAGCGUGCAUAUUGUAUAUGACGGCGUGAACGGCCAGCUGCCCAACCUCGACCUGAUCAACUCCGUCGUGCACAUCGCCCGUGGGCAGAUGGGCAUUGGCGUCGCGCUGCAGGAGAUGUGGCGGCAUACGGAUAGCUACCAAGACCGGCUGAGCACGAUGCUGCGCGGCAUGCUGAAACAGGGGUUGGGACUGGCCAGCGGCCCGCAUAGUAGCUUCAUGCCGUACCAUGUGGAUGCCGUCACGCUGCAGCCGUUUGGAUCGGGGUGGCAUGAUGAGAUGGCGAUGGGGCGGGUGAUUGAGGGGACGUUUAGGAGCUUGAAUAAUUUGCUGGAGCAUCUGCACCAGAGCUUCUUUUUCUAUUUGCUUAUGUCGCGCGAUCGGUUUGUGAGUAUUGGGACUUACUUGCCGAGUGCGAUGCUGGUGGCGGCGAGCUUCACGAUCAUGGCUAUUGCCCUGUGGGUUAAGAGCGGGCAGCCGGAGAAGGAAGAUGGCAAGGAGUCGGAUGAUAAGGACGUGUCGACUGCCGUCGUCGAGAGGGACUUGUUCCUGCCCCUAGGCGUGGUCAUCUUAUGCCAGUCUCUCUCUAUCAUACCACUUUAUCUGUUCAACCACGCCUCUGAAACCUUCUUAACCCCCUCCUUCCUCUUCUUCACGCUCCUCUCAACCCUCCUCCCCCACGCCCUCUCUUUCUACCUCACCUCCGCCCGCAACACCCCCGCCACGGCGCAGCACUACCAUCUCCUGAAAUCCUUCUCCCUCCUCCUCCUCGGCAUGUUCCUCUCCUCGCUCGCAACGCUCAACUUCUCUCUGUCGCUCAUCAUCGGCCUGUUGGCGAGUCCCCUCACAUUCCUCUGUUAUCCGGCCAAAACGGCCCUGGGGAGGGCCUUGUCAAUGGGCCUGCUGCAUGUGCUGAGCCCCACGACGGCCGUGUUGCUGGUUGGGUUGGCAGCUACACAGAGUGGCGGGUUGGGGGGUGUGUUGCUGGAGGCAGCAAAGGCGUGGCAUGUGUCAGGGACGUGGACGAGUCUUGUGGUGUGGUGUGUUUGGUGGCCGGCGUGGAUUGUUGGGGGGGUUGUGGUGCUGGGACGGGUGGGGGAGAGGAAGGUUAAGACCUUGUAA